AUGAAGCUUGCUACUCUUUUCGUUCCUUUCAUCGCAGCUCAGAGCGGCGAGGGCUCCGGAUCCAGCCCUUGCGAUGCCAUGAGCUGCCAUGAAAACGCCACUUGCCACGAGUUGCACACCGGCGAGGCCAAGUGCCGAUGCGACUACAAGUACUACGGCAACGGCGAGUGGUGCAAGUUCGUCGAGAAGAACACCCCCGGCCGAAUCCUCCAGCGAACAUACAUCAAGCUUGAUGAUAUGAUUGAUCGUCACAUCGUCAACGUUCCUGUUCCCGGCUGGCGACGACGAAUUCAGAAGGAGUUCAACUUUGUCUCGAUUGUUGUUCCAGGUUUGAUCCGCAAAUACGAGGAGCGAGAUUGCCCAGCCCAGGAGGACGAUGAAGCAAGACUUGCUGCUUUUGUCGAAGAAUUGGAAGAGCUUGACGUUCAACAGACCCGAUUCGACAACCCAUGCAUCGGACAAUGGCGACUUUUCAACAAGAUCUCUACUUGGGCCCAGAUGUACAACUCCGAUUGCGAUGGUUCCUCCAACCGAGACCUGAACCGAGUCCUCCGAAAUCUCUCUAAGUCACGAAAGCGAAUCCGAGACCGAUUCAGCUGCCCACUUGAGUAA